UGCACUUCCCCCUUGCCUUUCAAUCCCUCCCGGGUCCGAUCAUACUUGGUGCGGCUGCCGCUUUUUACCCGCCUUGUGCUCUUGGUGAUCUUCGCUUUCUGGUUGUUGGAAUUGCAAACAAUGUGGAGUGUCGUACAAUGGGGAGCGCUGAUCCCGGACGAAAUUAACCUUGGAACGAUGUAUCGUCUGAAUACGUUUCCUUUGAUCCACACUGGUUUUUUCCACGCGUUGUUGAAUGCCCUGGCCCUGACGCCACUUUUGGAGCGGUUUGAAGCGGAACAUGGCACGCUGACAUCCAUUGCCUUGUUUGUCGGUCCACUCUCCACCUUCCCCGCCGGUAUCUACCUCCUGAUCGAGAAGCUUAUCCUGCACAGCAACACGUCUGUGGUUGGAUCAAGCAUCUGGGUGUUCUUGCUCCUCGGAUCCGAAGCCAUCCGAACCUAUAAAUCGAACCCCCACUUCAGCCUCGGCCCAUACAAGAUCCCUACUUGGACUUCGCCUUUGUUUGCAUGUGUGGUUCUUUCCAUUUUAGUAUCCAACGUGAGCUUCCUUGGCCAUCUCUGCGCCAUUCUCAUCGGAUAUCUCUUUGGUCUCGGAUACUUAAAGUUCCUGGUGCCACCCGAGAAGAUCCUGCGAUGGAUCGAGGGUAAGCUGAACCUCCUCGGCCGACUGCCGCACUAUAUCUCUGUCGACCAAAAGACCUUUGGACGCUAUGGUGUUCUCCCCUCGUCUAACAACGCGGCCAAUGGCAACAACGGCACCCCCAUGAGCUUCCUGGGCACCAACCAGCGUCUUGGUGCAUGA